GUGCGCUUUUGGUGACAGGGCGUCCGGACCUGGUUUCUUCUUUAUCCCAUAUCUGGGAGCGCUUCGUGUGAGGUUCCACCACGAAGAGGCGAGCGGCGCCGGCUGCCAGGCACGCAUUGUUUCGAAGAGGCAAAGAGCCUCUGCCUCCCCCGAACAACCCAAAAUGGCUGCUUUUGGACACACAUUCCCCUUCUAUGCUGGGCCCAAGCCGACCUUCCCAAUGGACACCACACUGGCCGUCAUCGUCGCCAUCUUUCUGACUUCAUUGGUCACCUUCAUCAUCAUUCUGCCAGGCAUUCGGGGCAAGAUGAGACUGUUCUGGAUGCUGCGGGUAGUGACCAGCUUAUUCAUUGGAGCUGUGAUCCUCGCUGUGAAUUUCAGUUCUGAGUGGUCUGUGGGCCAGGUGAGCACCAACACGUCCUACAAGGCCUUCAGUUCCCAGUGGAUCAGUGCCAACGUUGGGCUGCAGAUUGGGCUGGGAGGCGUCAACAUCACGCUCACAGGGACCCCAGUGCAGCAGCUGAAUGAGACCAUUGAUUACAAUGAGGAGUUCACCUGGCGCCUGGGGGAGAACUACGCUGAGGAGUAUGCCAACGCACUGGAGAAGGGGCUGCCAGACCCCGUGCUCUACCUGGCUGAGAAGUUCACCCCACACAGCCCCUGUGGCCUGCAUGGCCAGUACCGCCUAGCGGGACACUACACCUCGGCUAUGCUGUGGGUGGCAUUCCUCUGCUGGCUGCUGGCCAACGUGAUGCUGUCCAUGCCUGUGCUGGUCUACGGUGGCCACAUGCUGCUGGCCACAGGUCUCUUCCAGCUGUUGGGACUGCUCUUCUUCUCCACGGCCACAUCCCUCACCCCGCCCUGUCCCUUGCGCCUGGGUGCUGCCACGCUGCACACUCACCGUGGGCCUGCCUACUGGAUCACGUUGACCACAGGACUGCUGUGUGUGCUGCUGGGUCUGGCCAUGGUGGUGGCUCACAGGAUACAGCCCCACAGGCUGAAGGCUUUCUUCAGCCAGAGUGUGGGGGAGGACCCUGUGCUGGAGUUGAAUCCUGAGGAAGGGGGACUCCUGAGCCCUCGCUACCGGUCCAUCACUGAGAGUCCCGAGCCCCAGGACAUCCCUCUGUCAGAGGCUUCCUCCGAGGACCCCUGCGAGGAGCCUGACUGUGCCCUGUAACCAACUGUGCCCUGUGUUCCUUUCCCUGGUGGCACCUGGACUUCCAAUGUGGCUCCAGACUUUUCUGGAACCCCCCCCCUCAAAACCACCAGAACUGCCAACAGGCUGGGUUGUAUCAGUUCCCAGCCCCAAUCUGAAAGUGGAAUAGGGAAAGAGGCUCUAUCUAUUGGUGUUAAAAGUGGAACAAAACAAAAAGCUCUAAGGCAGACAUCGAGGCUGCCCAUAAACCAGACCAAGCAGAGAUUACCUGUUUGUGCCCAGCAACCCUGCUCUCCCCUGGUGUUUUGCCUCAAGGUGGCAUUUACUGAGACCCAGCUUCACCCACAUAAUGACAUAUGUGUGUGCGGGGUUACAAUGUGAUUCUCCUAUGGUCCCUCUCAUUCUUCUGCAUGUCUUUUGAUUUCCUUUUUCCUGGGUCCCUUUUGUUCUUCUUUUACUGCCCCAGCUGGUGUGAUUUCAUUAAUACAAUGAAAGUACUGCAAGGGAGAAGAGACCAAACUUCUUGUCUUAGAUCUAAUAUUAACUGAGUGUGCCACAUUCUUUCUGAGCCUCUGUUCUAAAUUUGCCAAGUAAGAUUAUAGGAUUUGCCAAAGACCUUAAAAAAUUCCCA